AUGGACGAGUCGCUCUACGACGAGUUUGGCAACUACGUGGGCCCCGAGCUGUCCGGCAGCGAGGCGAGCAGGGGCCUGCUGGCCACGCCGGAGCUGUGUCGGAACGUGACGCUGGCGGGGCACAUCCACGCUGGCAAGACGCUGCUGAUGGACAUGCUGGUGGAGCAGACGCACGUGGUGCCCGACGCGGCGGCGCUGGCCGACGCGCCGAUGCGGUACACCGACACGCGCGCCGACGAGCAGCGGCGCGGCAUCUCCAUCAAGGCCGCGCCGGUGAGCCUGGUGGUGCAGGGCCUGAGCGGGAAGUCCUACGUGGCCAGCAUCCUGGACGCGCCCGGCCACCUCGACUUUGGCGACGAGCUGUCGGUCUCGCUGCGCCUGUCGGACGGCAUGCUGCUGGCGGUGGACCGCCUGAUCACUGAGCUGAAGCUGCCCCCCGCAGACGCCUACCACAAGCUGCGCCACGUCGUGGAGGAGGUGAACGCGCUGGUCCGCGCGCACUACCCCGCCGAGGGCGCCGCGGACCGCGUCCUGGACCCACGCCGCGGCAACGUUGCCUUUGCCGCGCCGCUCUACGGCUGGUCCUUCACCCUGGAGUCCUUUGCCGUGCUGCAGUCCGAGUUCGUGCUGGAGCCGCUGUACAAGAUCUACGCCACCGUGCUGGGCGAGGACGACGCGGCGGUGAGGGAGCUGAUGGCGGAGCUGGGCGUGGCCCUGCGCCCCGCCGCCUACGGCGCCAACGUCCGCCCGCUCUUGAAAGAGGCCUGCACCGCGGUGUUCGGCUCCGCGGCGGGGCUGGUCGAAGUGCUGGUGCGCAGCCUGCCCUCCGCACGCGCCGGCACGGCCACCAAGGUCGCGCGGUGGUACACGGGGCCCCAGGACUCGGAGGCUGCGGGCCACAUGCGCGCCUGCAACCCGCGCGGGCCUCUGGCCGUCUACGUCACCAAGCUGUUCCCCACCGCCGAUGCCACCGCCUUUGACCUCUUCGGUCGGGUCCUGAGCGGCACCGUCAAGCCGGGGGACAAGGUGCGGGUGCUGGGCGAGGCGUACACGCCCGAGGACGAGGAGGACGCCGCCACGGCCACGGUGACGGGAGUGUGGGCGGCCCAGGGUCGUGCCCGCCAGCCCCUGGCCCGCGCCGUGGCUGGGAACUGGGUGCUGCUGGGGGGGCUGGACGCCACGGUGGCCAAGACCGCCACCCUGGUCCCGGAGUUUGGCGCCGAGGAGGCGUACAUCUUCGCACCACUGACUUUUGGCGCCCAGGCCGUGGUGAAAAUUGCCACUGAGCCGCUGAACCCCUCCGAGCUCCCAAAGAUGGUGGAGGGCCUCAGGAAGCUGAACAAGAGCUACCCGAUGCUGGUUACCAAGGUGGAGGAGAGCGGGGAGCACACCAUCUUCGGGACGGGGGAGCUCUACCUGGACUCCGUCAUGAAGGACCUGCGGGAGAUGUACGCAGAGGUGGAGGUGAAGGUUGCGGACCCGGUGGUGGCCUUCUGCGAGACCGUGGUGGAGACCUCCUCCCUCAAGUGCUUCGCGGAGACGCCAAACAAGAAGAACAAGAUCACAAUGAUCGCUGAGCCAUUGGAGAAGGGUCUGGCGGAGGACAUCGAGCGGGGCGCCGUCUCCAUGGACUGGACGCGCAAGGAGAUCAGCACCUUUUUCCAGUCGAAAUACGACUGGGACAUCCUGGCUGCACGCUCCAUCUGGGCCUUUGGACCAGACAAAUCGGGCCCCAACAUCCUGAUGGAUGACACGCUACCCUCGGAAGUGGACAAGACCCUGCUGAACGCAGUGCGAGAAAGCAUUGUCCAGGGCUUCCAGUGGGGGGCGCGGGAGGGCCCGCUGUGCGACGAGCCGCUGCGCAACUGCAAGUUCAAGAUCAUGGACGCGGUGGUGGCGCCCGAGCCGCUACACCGCGGCGGCGGCCAGGUCAUCCCCACCGCGCGCCGCGCCUGCUACUCCGCCUUCCUCAUGGCCACGCCGCGCCUGAUGGAGCCAGUGUACGCGGUGGAGAUCCAGACCCCCGCAGACUGCAUCGCUGCCAUCUACAACGUGCUGGCCAAGCGGCGGGGCCACGUGACCGCCGACGUGCCGCGCCCCGGCACGCCCGUCUUCCUGGUCCGCGCCUUCCUCCCGGUCAUAGAGUCCUUUGGGUUCGAGACCGACCUGCGCUACCACACCCAGGGCCAGGCCUUCUGCCUCUCCGCCUUCGACCACUGGCAGAUCGUUCCCGGCGACCCCCUGGACCGUAGCGUGGUGCUGCGCCCGCUGGAGCCGGCGCCAGUGCAGGCCCUGGCACGCGACUUCAUGGUGAAAACGCGGCGGCGCAAGGGCAUGAGCGACGACGUGUCGGUGAACAAGUACUUUGACGAUCCCAUGCUCCUCGAGCUGGCCAGGCAGGACGCGGAGCUGAACGCCAUGUUCUGA